AUGCAUAGCAGUCUGGUCCAUCUGAACUCCUUGAUAUUCAGCAGCAACCUUUCUGAGGUUCCGGAGGCAGCUGAUAGGUGUCUCUAUGACAUCUUAGGCCAGUACGACCACUCCCAGAUGACUAUUUUCACGGGGCUGAUGGAAAUUCUGUUAGACACAGAGAUGUCUUCUCUAGCAUCGAAGAUGUUGAAGAUUGUGGAUCUUAUAAAGUUCCCUGCCAAGAAGGCCAUGGUAUGA